AUGCGAGCUGCUAUUAUUUUCGGCAUUGUGAUAAUCGCGCUCUUCAGCGUAAUGGAGGCGCUGCCCCACCCUGGAUAUGGUGGAUUUGGUGGACUUGGUGGAUAUGGAGGCUAUGGCGGCUAUGGCGGAUUUCCAGGCGGUUAUGGCGGCUAUGGCGGCUACGGCGGCUUCCCAGGCGGCUAUGGUGGCGGUGGUUAUCCCGGAUAUGGUGGCGGCUUUGGUGGCAGCAGCGCCUCAGCAUCCUCUUCAGCAUCCUCAUUUGGCGGUGGUGGCUUCUAUGGCCGCUAA